AUGAAUGAUAAUUAUACUACUACUACUACUACUACUACUACUACUACUACUACUACUACUACUACUACUACUACUACUACUACUACUACUACUACUGCUACUACUACUACUACUGCUACUACUACUACUACUACUACUAUCAUUACGACUAUUAUUAUUACUACUACUAAUUCAAAAGAAAAGUACGCUUCAGCAAAUUCAAAAUCAAAAUUAGAAACAAAAUAA